AUGCAGCCGCAGGGAACGGGGAUUAAGGUAAGAUUUACCCUGAAGUGCGUUAAGCAGGUCGACGUCAACACCGAGGACAGCGAUUCGAGCCCCGAGGCCUCCGCUGGAUCUCCCGGCUGUGACGACUACGAUUCUGACGAGGACGAGGGUAACGGUGAGUACAUCCCUCCUUCCGAAAGUGAAGACUCUGACUCCGAGAAUAAUAUUUCUCUCCUUGGCGCCGACUCUACCAGUGAGAGCGGUGAAUCUUCGCGCUCUGAGAGUGAGCCUUCUCACUCUCACGGUUAUUACCCUCAGACUGGUUCCGAGGGCGAGGGCAACGGUGAGUUUUCAUCUCCUCCCGAAAGUGAAAUAUCUUUUGACUCCGAGAGUGAGAUCUCUUACCCUGACGCCAGUGAGAGCGGCGAAUCUUCCAGCUCCGAGAGUGAGUAG